GUUCCACACGGUUCUUCGGGGGUUCCCAGUACUAGUUGCUCGCUAACUGGCUAGCUAGCUAGAGUGCAUCAGUUUCGUUGUUACCACUUUAUAAACUAAUAACUGAACUGCUGUAUCCAAAACUUAAUUAAACCAUGUGAUAGCACGCGUUAUCAUGCUUUUGACGUUGGUUAUCUUCGGGUGUUUGACCGGCCUCGCGGUACCGAAGUCGGACUGUGGGCCCACUGAGUACGCUGCGAGUGCUGGACUGUGCUGUCCGAGGUGCAACACAGGUACAGUUGUUAUAAGAGACUGCACACCACAGUCAGGCACACGGUGCAGCCCCUGUAAGACAGGGACCUUUAUGAACCAACCCAAUGGCCUGAAAAGCUGUUUCUCCUGCACCUCCUGUGACAAAAGUCACGGUCUGUUUGCCCAACAGGAGUGCACUGGAUCAAGGGAUGCACUUUGUGAUGUGUUAGAGGGGUAUUUCUGCAGAAGCUGGGCCGAUGAUUCAGGAUGUAGUUCAGCAGACAAACACACACGCUGUGUGCCUGGUCAGAGGGUAAAGGAAGCUGGAACCAGCAGAAAUGAUACAGUGUGUGAAGUUUGUCAGCCAGGAAGUUUUUCACAGGAUGGUGUGGACUGCACGGCUUGGACUGUCUGUCCAGAAACCCAAGUAAAGGUCAAAGAAGGAAGUACGAGCAGUGACGUUGUCUGUCGAAGUUCUUCAAGGAAUUAUUAUGCAUAUAUACCUCUAUUAUUAUCAUUAUUAACAGUUGCUGGACUUGUGACCACAGGCAGGCUAACAAUGAAAAAGGACUCUGGAAGCCCUCCAAACAGUCAGGAAGUAAAAGUGGCUGCAGUCAGUAGCAGGGAAGAAGUGGGAGCGGUCAGCUGAUGUCUGAUGUAUGUUUAUAUAGAAGCAGAUUACAGGAUACAUGGAGAACAUUUGAUCACACCUGAUUUCAGCCAGGGACAGAAGAAAGACAAACCAACACUGUCUACCAAGCAUUUUCUGACUGACACCAAUGUCUGACACCCAUGUGGACAGGAUGGAAUCAUUUGAUAUGACGUAACAAUAUGAUGAGGUUUAGUUAGGUUUAAAAAAAAAGAUCAUGGUUUGAGUUCAAUGAUUUCUUUGUUCAUAAGGACCUUAAUGGUUGAUUUCGAGGACCUGUUUUUACCUUUCUGACACUGCCACAGUUAGUGGUGUUCAUGGCAAUCUGUUGGUGUGAUCCUUCAUGUUGAUGCCAAGUGUCCAUAAAGGCAGGCCAACCAGAGCAGUUGGCAGUUCUAUUUUUAUCUUCAUCUAUCUGUAUCUCUGGGCACUGUACAGGUAUUUCAGUGAAACUCUCUGAGGAGUUUAGAAAGGAAAUGUCUACAUGUUCUACAGAACCAAUCUAGCUGUGUUAACCAGGUUUCUCUCUCUGGUCACUGCAGAAAGCUGAAAUUAAAGUGUUAGCUCAGCAGUCACUGUGAUCUCUACAUGGAUAGGCCUAUGUGUUCUUUCAGUUUUCAGAUGGUGUAAUCCUUUUGGAUUUUACAUCUCUCUUCCUCCCAAAUCUCAGUGAGACGACGUCUUCAGAAAUAAUGAAGUAACCAUGGCUAUUCCUGACUAACCCCUCAUUAGCAUUAUAUAAAGGAAAUCACUGAUUGUAAGGCAGAUUAAGAUAAUUUGAGAUAGAUCAGAGCUGCACAAUGUAUAAAUAAGCUUCUUAGAACCUGCGUAAUCAAUGUAUUUUUAAUGCUCAGUAUGUUUUAAGAACUGAACGUAAGCACACCCUACUUAAGAAGUUUAAGUCCAAAUCUGAGAAAUUUUUUUCAGAAAUGUAUGUUUAGCCAUUUCAGUUAUUUUCAUUUGAAGCUGCAGAUGUAAGAAAAUGUUCGGUUUGCAUUAGCAGUAACUUAAUACUGCCUUUCUCUGGGUAUUUUGCCACAGAUGCCCAGUCAGUAAUACUGUAAACAUAAAUGGAAUAUUUUCACCAGUGGCCAUUCUGGUGGACCGCCAGUUGAAUAACACUGUUUUAAGGUAUAUAAAGGUUGAAGACACAUGACCUAAGCUUUGUUUUGUGUACCAUGUUUUUAGCAUAAAGGUUGACAAUAUUGUGAAGCAGGAAUUAUACUUUAUAUGUACGUGAGCGUCUGGGUGACAUACAUUUCGUCAUCAGAGGGUGUACACAAAGGCUCUGUGCAGACAUCAGAUCUGUGUUGAAUUUGUACACUGUACACUGGGGGCGGCUGUGGCUCAGAGGCAGAGCAGGUCGUUCCUAAAUCGGAAGGUUGUGGGUUCGAUCCCCCCUGGUGCCACAUGUCGAAGUAUCCUUGAGCAAGAUGCUGAACCCAAAUCGCUCCUGAUGCCGUGCAUCGGCGUGUGAAUGUGUAUGAAUGUUAGUUACUGUUCGAUGGACUUUGCCAUCACUGAGUGAAUGUGUGUGAAAGGGUGAAUGUGGCACGUAGUGUAAAAGCGCUUUGAGUGGUCGGAAGACUAGAAAGGCGCUAUACAAGUACAGGUCCAUUUACCAUUACACUGUACACUGUGUGAAGCCUCCACGCAGACUGGGAGUGUACUUGAGAAAUUCUUGUCAUUCCUAAUCGACACGACAUGCACACUCCCCUCUGGUCUGUGAAGCGGGAACACACUGGCCUAAUAAAGACCUGAAACAUUAUUUAGUUACAGAAAAAGAAAAAAAUGCAGACACUCCCAAUCCGGUGUGUUUUACACUCUCUGUACUGUUAGCCUAUUAGUUUCUGUUUCUGAUAAGCUUGCAUGGCAACCUCUGCCAUCAGUGCAUGAAUGUGUGUUAGUGGAGAAAUAUGACAUGAAGUGCAAAGCACUCUGAGUGGUUGGAAGACUAGAAAGGGACUUUAUAAGUGAAGUCCAUUUAUUUCUGUACCUUCAAAAAAUAUGAUCUUUCUACAUCUUUUUAUCGUCUCAUACUGUUUAUAUUAAAAUCAAUCCAAUUAAAUUUCUCUCUUAAGGUA